AAAGUUCGCCCCGCACAGACCAAGCGCACGGACCAUUUUGUUUAUCGCCUGAAUUUAUCUUCAUUGCCUCUUGUCGAACUUUUUUGCUGUCGAGGUACCAAGUAAUAUCGGCGCCAUGGACGUCCACCGCUGUCGCUUCGUGCCAUAUUCCCCGUCAACAAUCAAUGCCGUAGCAUUCUCUCAUUCGCAUCUCGGCAGAGCGAAUAAAUCCGACACUCUCCGCCUUGCGAUAGGACGAGCCAACGGUGACAUCGAGAUCUGGAACCCGUUAAAUGGCGCCUGGUUCCAAGAGACGAUCCUGCGAGGCGGCCAGGAUCGCAGCGUAGAUGGGCUGGCCUGGGUGCAGGAUCCAGAUGAGGAAGACCACGAUGGCAAAAUUAUACCGGGAAAACUUCGACUCUUCAGCAUUGGCUACACUACAACGGUGACGGAAUGGGACCUUGAGCGCCUGCAGCCGCUGCGCCAAUCGAGCGGGAACCACGGCGAGAUCUGGUGCCUGGCUGCCCAACCGCAAUUGGCACCUGGUCAGCAACAGGAGAAUGGGGCUUGGAAUGGGCAGAACUUGAUCACUGGGUGUACAGACGGUGCUCUUGUGCUUUACUCUACGGCCGAUGACGACCUCAAACUGCAGCGUGUUCUUGUUCGACCAUCGGCGAAGAAGGCGAAGAUUAUAAGCGUCAACUUCCAGGACCGCAAUAUUGUGGUUGCUGGGUGCACAGAUAGCACAAUCAGAGUUUAUGACAGUCGAAAUGGGUCUUCGAUUAGGAGCAUAUCACUUGGCAGCGGACCAUCGGGUGGACCGAAAGAGAUCAUAGUUUGGGCAGUGAAGUGCCUGCCGAACGGGAAUAUCGUGUCUGGAGACUCUACCGGAGAACUGCGGAUAUGGGAUGGAAAGACUUAUACCUUGAUUCAACGUAUCAAGAGCCACCGACAGGAUAUUCUCAGUCUUGCAGCAAGUGCAGAUGGAUCGACAGUUUUCAGCGGAGGCAUGGAUAGACGGACCGUCGUUUACAAGCAGUCAGGAGGCCCGAAAUCUCGUUGGGCAGAAGUCAGCCAUAAACGACUCCACAACCACGAUGUCAAGACUAUGACAUCCUUCGAGGGCCGUGGGAUGAGCUUUGUCGUAUCUGGAGGACCCGAUGCGACACCAAUCGUCCUUCCCCUUCGGGAGUUCGGUGCGGAGAACCAGCGCAUGCUGCCAUACCUCCCCCAAGAACCGAUAGUGCAGAGUGUGCCUGCGAAGAGACUUCUGAUGAGCUGGUGGGACCGCGAGGUUCACAUCUGGCGCGUGAGCAAGCUUACGCAAGCCAACGACAAUGCCGAAUCCGAUAGCGAAUCCGAGGAGCGUCACCGCAGCAGGAAGCUAGUGGCUAAGGUCAUUAUCAAGGGAGAAGCUAAUAUCAAUUCUGCCUCUGUGGCUGCACACGGUGGUCUUCUCGCACUAUCCACGAACAGCGAAGUCAAACUCUUCCAAUUGAGAUCACGAGGUGGGAACCAAGGGGAUGCUUUAAGAGUGUCAAAGUUGGAUCUUUCCGAAAAACUGUCCCGUGGUGGAGCACGUCUUGUUCAGUUUUCUCCGGAUGGCCAAUGGCUAGUAAUUGUGCGAAGAGACAACCGCAUUGUUGCCACGCGUAUCGUGGGUGACGUUGCAAAGUCGCCGUCAACUGUCAGGGUUUUACCCUCUCCCGCAAAGCUGUCACGACUAGACAGGAAGGUAGACAAGGCCACUAGGUUUGGCGGUCUGGGAGACUACGAGAGGAAUAUCAACCGCAUCGCCUUUUCGUCUGACAGCCGCAUCCUGGCAGUUAGCGAUCUAGCGGGAUACAUCGAUACCUGGCUCUUGAAGGACGAUGGAGAUCAGAAUGGCGCUGACUCGGAUGAUAUAGCAGAGAGUGACGCGUCUCCAGAAUCAUCGUCGGACGAAUCGGACAGCGAGGAUGCAACCAAGUCGAUUACGUUAAAGGGACAAUCCUGGACGCGUAACCCAUCCACCUCUUCUCUUCCCAAGCUCCCUGCAGCUGCUGUCGUGCUAUCGUUCCGACCAUGUGCAGCAUCGAUAGCGCCCGAGACGGAAGACCGCAUGCUAGUGGUAACGGCGACAUCUGCAGUUUUUGAGUUUGAAGCCAAAAGUGGCAAACUGACACCUUGGUCGAGAAGCAACCCCACCACAAAAUUUCCCGAUGAGUUCAAGGGUCUCCGGGACCAAGCCAUGGGGUGCUUCUGGGAUGUAGCCGACUCCAAGGAGAGACUAUGGCUGUACGGGAGCAAGUGGAUGUUCAUGUUCGACCUCUCACGAGACUUCCCACCCGAGACGGAAGCGAACGCACAACGCAAGAGGAAACACAUGCACAUUGCCGGUCAGGACAACCCGCGCAAAGGCACCUCGGGCGCCGGGAGUAAGAUCCCGGACGAGCAGCUCACGAGCGGCAUGUCACGCAAGAUGCAGCGUGUAAACCACGAGGACGACAGCAGUAAACCCCGUGAGAUUAACCUGCGGAAUCACGUUGGCAUCCUCGACGACGACGAGGAUGACGAGGAGGACCGCAUGGACUACGGUAAGGGGAGCGACGAGGCGGGUGGGGGCGCACAGGGCAAGUUGCGUCGUGGUGGGGACGUGGAGGGGGGAGCGCAGGCAGGCGAGCUGACGGAGUACGGCGACGAGGAGGGGAGCUCAGAGCACCCGCCACACUGGUGGCAUACGUACAAAUACAGACCCAUUAUGGGGAUUGUCAGCCUGGGUGGUGGUGGUGGCGAGGCUCCAGCGAGCAGCAGCGGGCUGGAGAUUGCGCUGGUGGAGCGGCCAGAGUGGGAGCUGGAGUUGCCACCGAGGUACUAUGGGGACCAGGAGUGGGAGAAGCGUGGACUGUGAGGGGAGUUCUGGGUUCUUGUGUGUGUGUGUGUGUGGGUGUUGUUGGAUUGGGUUUUUGUAGAGUAUGUGGAGUAGGAGUAGUAGGGAUGGAUGGAUGCACACAGCCAGAGUUUUCUAAUAUGACUACGGAUACCCAUUCUAUCGUUCAUCCCAUGGUAUCCAUAGUAAUAGUGUUCUGUCUGUGUGGUUAUGUGAUGUCCAGUAUUCACCGCCGUGUUUCAUAACUAGAG